CUCUUGGUCCAAAACAAAACACUCUAAGCUGUUGCUGCUUUCCAUCAGAUAGCUUUUUUCGUUAAAAAAUCCCCCAUUUUCAGGUGUUCUUAAGGUAUGUCGUCCUCUGACGAUAAGCCAGAAGUAGCUGAAAGGAAAGUUAAGGAGGAGAAAGACCACAAGGAAGAGGAAAAAGAUGAUGAAAAGGGAGGAUUUAUUGACAAGGUCAAGGGUUUCAUUCAGAACAUCGGAGAAAAGCUUGAGGAAGCAAUUGGUUUCGGGAAGCCAACUGCUGAUGUUUCAGGGAUUCACAUCCCCUUGAUCAAUCUGAAGAAGGCGGAGAUCGUUGUAGAUGUAUUGGUUACAAACCCAAAUCCCAUCCCAAUCCCUCUAAUUGACAUAAAUUACCUAGUAGAGAGUGAUGGGAGGAAACUCGUGUCCGGACUAAUCCCUGAUGCGGGAACAAUCCAUGCGCAUGGAUCAGAAACUGUUAAGGUACCACUGACAUUGAUCUAUGAUGAUAUUAAAGAAACCUACCAUGAUAUCAAACCUGGAAGCAUAAUUCCUUACAGACUCAAGGUCGAUCUCAUUGUUGAUGUUCCUGUUUUCGGUAGGCUUACUCUUCCUCUGGAGAAGACAGGCGAGAUACCCAUCCCUUACAAACCUGAUAUUGAUAUUGAGAAGAUAAAUUUCCAGAAAUUCUCCAUUGAAGAAACUUCUGCAAUCCUCCACCUGAAAUUGGAGAACAAGAACGACUUUGACUUGGGCCUCAAUGACCUGGACUAUGAAGUUUGGCUCUCUGACGUGAGCAUCAUAAGUGCAGACCUCGCUAAAUCAACUAAAAUUGAUAAAAAUGGAAUUAGUUACAUCGAUAUUCCGAUUACAUUUAGGCCCAAGGACUGCGGCUCUGCUGUCUGGGACAUGAUUAGAGGGAAGGGUACAGGUUAUUCCAUGAAAGGAAAUAUCAAUGUGGACACCCCCUUCGGACCAAUGAAGUUACCCAUCAGCAAGGAGAAUGGGACCACCCGUCUCAAAAAGAACAAAGAAGAUGGUGAAGAAGAAGACGACGAUGAUGAGGAAUAGAAGUCUCCCGCCAUAACUCAUACUUGCAGCGUGUGAUUUUGCAAUAAUGUCAUCAAAUUUUAAUUUAGGUUGGACUCUUCUAUGUAUUUAAGCGUUGCACUGGACUCCUUGCUUUUCGAGGUAAUAUCUAUGGUUAUUGAUUUCUAU